AUGCGUUUCACUACUGUCGCUGCCAUCCUUGCUUUCGCUUGCGCUGCCGUUGCAGCUCCUCAAGGCCAUGACGGCGGUGAUGGCCACAACGGCGAUGGCCACAAUGGCGAUGGCCACAAUGGCGAUAGCCACAAGGGUGACGGCCAGCAGAGCCAUGGAGAGGAGGAGCCAGACCGCGUUGGCUACUGCUGUGCAUAUGGCUCUACGCCCUCUGGUGCAAGCGUUACCUCGGUGAACCCAAUUGGGGAGCCACUGGGAUGCACGUUGAAGCCAGCGGAAUGCACUGGUGAUAGAUUUUAUAUUCCCUGGGAAUGCGUGAAGGAAUCUCACUCAGACAAAACCAGAUGCGAAUGUCUUGGAGCUGAGUGCCCAAACGGUCCUUCAGGAGGACCCCUCGUUGAACUUCUGGACGUUCUCCCCAUUCCCUCCAAGUAA